UUUAUCUUAUCUAACUUGGUUUGAUACCAGUCAAAAAUAGUUUUUACAAAUGAUUUGACUAAUUUUCAAGAAUUUUAUUCGUUUUUUCUAAUACUCAUGAAUAGGUACCUAUUUCUAUUUUAGGAGCUUAAGGAUUUGGAAAUAGACAAAUUAAAUAAUAUCCACAAAUUAUUAUUAUGGUUCUGUUUUUUUUAAAUUUAUUAGUGAUUGUCUCGACAUUUAUUAUUCACACAAAAUGGCUGUUUGGCUCGAAUGAAAACACUAUUUUUUUUUAAAAUUAGUUUAUUUUUGAACUUUACUGAACUUGAACAGCCAUAGUCGCGUUUCUGACGCACCUAGCGACUAAAGACGUCGAACGUUUCAUUACGUAUAAUAGACUCGUUACUGAGUCAGUAAAUGUCAAAAAAUGCUACAAUUAUAGAAAAAACUAUUUAAAUUGAUCCAUAUAUGUCAAACCAUUUGUCAAAAUGAUUUCCGACUGGUAUUCAACCUGGAUUUGAAGAGCAAUAAGCACAUUUUUCAUACACCACCCAAGAGUUUACGCAACAUAUUGUAAUUCCUCUAAACUUUGUUCAAUUAUGACUCAAAUUUUAAUUCAGUAUUAUUUUCUAUAAGCAAUAAAUCGGAACUUAUUCUAAGUACAUACUCAUAAUCUUUUGGCAUGAAAUUUCGGAAAUUAUUUUUUUUCCAAUUAUGGCUGGAGAUAAGUAUAGACAGUUAUUAAGAGAAGUUAUCUUUAUUUAAAGUACAAAUCCGAUAGUGUGAAAAUAUACAGUGUGGGGCAUUAAAAAAAAGCAACAUAACUUUGAGUCAUUACUACUUAUUGAAGAAUAAUUUAAAAAUGAAGUACUAGUUUCUUAAUAACUUUUUUCGAUCUCUAUUGUUAAACGAGAUAUGGACCACCGCGCGCUCAAUGAGUCAACCUGUAAUCUGUAUACAUAUAUUGAUUUUGCCUAGAUUAUUGUAAAUAAAAUAUAAUAGACCGUCAGAUAGUGACAUAUUUAGGUGCCCCAUUUUCGCAUUCAAGCCUCGAAGAGGGUUGAAAAGUACAUCGAUUUUGAGUAGGUUUAAUGUAUUUUUAGGAGUGGCUCCUGGGGAUAACAUAUGGAAAAUUCGAUUUAACUUAUGUUACUCUUAAAUGUACUUUUCCAUUAGCGACACUCAAGAAAAUAUGUUUUCCUGCUACCAAAGUUGUACAUUUUAAUCCUUCCAAUGGGCUUGUGUGGAAAAAUCUCGAUUUUUCCUCACAAAGUUUCGCCCUUAUUUCAAACCUUUAGCCACCUGCAACCCCCCCUUAUUUGUUUUUACGAAGCCAGGUUUUAUUAAUUAAUCCUUUGGCUAACGCGGCUUGCGAAAAAAUAUGGACAAUAGGACGUCUUUCAUUUCUGUUACGGAAAAUCGAAUUUUCCAUACGUUAUCCCUCGCGUUAUCCCCAGGAGCCAUUCGUAAAAAUACCUUCAUCCUACUCAAAAUCGAUGUACUUGUCAACCCUCUUCGAGGCUUGUAUGCGAAAAUGGGGCACCUAAAUAUGAAACUAUCUGACGGUCUAUAAAUAUAAAAGGGAAGUUCAGCAGUCUUUUAGUCAUCCCAACAAACCUUAACAACAAUAAUUUUUUUGUCCAACAUCCCACAAACAUGCAAAUUAUUGAUAUAAUUAGAUUGUGUCCUUCCAAAAGUCUUUCAAAUGUGGGAUUUUUUUACAGUUCAGUGUGAAAAAAGUGCCAUAGCUGGGUUUGGACACAUGGACUCGGAACAUCUUUCAAGUCAGAAAAUGUCGCAACAAAUUGUAGAGUCUUCUUCAAAAAAUACAUCAAAAAUCAGUGAUUCAGAUGCUGAUUUAAUUGGAGAAAACAAAAAUCCCUCACAAGAAAUUUUGUCUGUCUCAUCUGCAAAGAUUUCUAUGGACUCGUCACCAAAAACAUGUCCUCGAAAGAAAAAAAAAACAGUCAGUGCGGGAGCCACAAAAAGAUCCCUCAAAUUGAAAGGACAGGCAAAGAAACAGCCAAUAAAAACUAGGCACAUGAAAAUUGGUAACCCCAAACUUUCUGGAAGUACUACCAAAGAGAAUUUAUCAAAAAGGGAUUUGAGAACGGAAAAAGCACCACAGAAAACUAUAGUGAAAUGUUUGAAGUCAUCUCUAAAAAAUAUUCCAUUUACUUCCAAAAUCAGAUCACAGAAAAGAUACUUGAAAAGUAAAUCUCUAGAAGAUGAUACUCUCAGUAGUGAAGAAGGAUCUUCUGAGAUUGUAUCUUCGAAAAAAGUUCUAAAAUCAUCGGAAGAAAUUGUUUCUGAUGAUAAAGCACUCACCCCUGGAAACCUAACACAUCUCAAGUCUAGAGAACAUGAAAGGAAAGUACGAAAAACACUUGAGAAAGCUGAAAAAAUGUAUCAAGAAACUGCUAGAACUAAGGAGUCGGCAUCCACUUCAAAAAAAAAAUUAACGAAGAAACAAUCAUCAAAAACAAUUAAUUCAAAUGAUGUGACUCCUAAAAAAAAAUCUCGAAGAAAAUAUCGUAACAAGAAGAAAAACCCUGAAACAAAAUCCGAAUCCGAGACAUUUCCACCGGAAGCGCUAGUGCGAAAAAUGCGAGAAAGCGAAGCAAAUUUACCCAAACAAUCAGAAUCAUUCAAAAAAUACGGAGUGGAGAUUCCCACAGUUCAAGAAAUUUUAGCCUCACGAAAGAAGUUUGAGACUUAUCGCGCCCUAGUUGAUAAAGCUAAAAUUAUACCGCUUUUGCCUAACCCCUUCAUUAACUCACCAAAGGCACCAGUUAAACCACCAAUCAAGUUAUUAGAUUGCAAACAUGUAAGUUUAGAGGAAAUUAACGAGCAAUUCAUUGAAAACAAAACAACUUUACUAAACAUAAAGAAUGGAACACAAUAUUCAGAGAAACACCAGCACUUUCACAAAACAAAUUCAAACAUGCCGCCAUACAACCCCAGCAACCUGGUGUUUUCUUAUCCGCAAAUAAAUUGUAUGGCGAAUUUAAUACGAGAAGAAUUUGAUCCUGAGGAAAGGCACCUGAGGUAUACUUUUGGGGUGCUUAUUCCAGAACUAUGCUUAUUGAUAUUCAUGCAUACGCAUAAAAUGAAUAAAGAGGAAACUGUCAAGUAUUUGGACGAACGUCCCAUUGAAGAGUCGGACACAUCUUCAACAGUUUCUAUGGACUUGACACCAAAAACACCAACAAACAAUAAGUCCAAUACUUCAAAAAUCAGAUCGCGAAAAAGAGACUCGGAAAAUAAAUCUUCAGAAGACGAUAGUGAAACACCUGAAGAAGGUUCUUUCAAGGACAUAACCUCGAAGAAGGUCCUGAAAUCAUCAGAAAUAAUUGAUUUGGAUGGUUGUACUCAUUCACUCACGUCUGAAAACAUAAUGCAUCUCAAGUCUGUUGAACAUGACAACAAAACACGACGAACACCUAAGAAAGUUAGAAGAAUGUUUCAAGAAACUGACACAUCUCCACCAAAAGCACCAACUGAAAAUCCUUGCGUUUCUAAGACCACCGACAAAAAGCACGUAUCAAAAACCCGAAAAAGGCGUAAGAAGACUGCUUAAACUAUACCGCUUUUGCUCAAUCAGUUCAUUAACGCACUUAUAGAACCAGUUAAUUGAGUUUUUGAAUUAGUUUUAGUUAGUUGUUGAGCAGCUUGAAUAUUUUGAAGUAAAAACUCCGCGUUUAAUGUGAUAAUCAAUCAAUAGUCCGAAGAUAUCAGAUAUCACCUUUGGUACUCAAAUCAAAAUAAAAUCAGAAUUUUUCAUAACGGAGUUUAAAAUUAUGUUUUCAACAUUAAAUGAUGCGCAGAGCACACUAGCGCACAGAAAUUUGUUGACAGAAUAGUAGGCUUUCUCAUAUACCUAUUAUUUUCUUGCCCUCUGUACAAAACCUUUUAGCACUGUCAAUCUGUGUGAUGGCAGUUUAUAAAAAUAUUCAAGCUGUUGCAGGAUAAGUUAGUUUAUUUUUGUUUCAAAGUAUUAUUUUUGUUUUUGUUCCACUAUUUAUUUGCUUAUUAGAUUUUAUGAGUGCAACUUGUGUUAAAUUUGAACCAUGAUUAAAAUCCUAACGAGUGUUAACCUAUGUCAACCGGUUUAAGUAUGUCUAAGUUUAGUAGAGGAUCAAUUUAAAAUUUGUCCACAAUAGGGUACCUACUUGCAUGAAAAAUUAAAUAGAUUAUUGUUUAUUGUCCAAAUACGAUUAUUCCGAAAGUUAUACAAAUAUUGUUUUGUUAUAGAUAUCCUGAGCAUGUGCGACGUCAUAAAGUAUUAUAAGUUAUGACGUCAUAAGCACAUUUCAAAGCGUUUCUCUUCGCCAAUUUUUGACUAACAAGAAAAAGAAAAAACACGUUUUGACUUAUUUUCACUGACUAACGAAAUCAGCAAUAAAAAAACUGAUACAAGGGGCCUAUUGGCCCUAAAAUUCAUUUAUCUAUAACUGUUUCAAAAAGAAUAAUCAAAUGUAAAAUGAUGCAGUAGGUACUACAUCUUGUGCGAGGUAGAAAAAUUCACCCAUUGUGGGAAAGAAUAUAAAAAUAGCCAGCUUCUAUGACCAACGUCAAAUAUAUAUAUAAAAAAAAGCUGGUAAUUAUUGGAAUUUUGUAGAGGAAGCCCCAAUAUAGGGUGGUGAAAAUUUGACGUUUUGUAGAGGAAGCCCCAAUAUAGGGUGGUGAAAAUUUGAUGUUGCCUUUUCAGGAUUUUAAUUUUUAAUGUGUUUACAUUUUUAGAGUACAUAGUUAUUUUUGAUUUAAUGAGUAAUGAGUAGGUGUAGUGUUAGUUAGUUGAUGAGCAGCUUGAAUAUUUUGAAGUGAAAAAUCUGCUUUUGAUGUGAUCACCAAUUAACUGAAGUUGUGUAGUCCAAAGAUAUCACUGACAAACCUAUAGACUUUGGAACUCAAACCAAAAUUAAAAUCGUAAUUUUUCAGAACGAAGUUCAAAAUUAAGUUUUCGAUGCUUUAAGGUGCUCAGAGAGUAUUAGGGCACAGAAAUUUUUUAACAGGUAAACUUUCUCAAGUACUAUUUUCUUUCCGUCUGUAUCAAACCUUUUAGCACUGUCAAUCUGUGUGAUGUCAGUUUACAAACAUAUUCAAGCUGUUGCAUAAUAAAUUAGUUUAUUUUUGUUUCAAAGUUUUAUUUAUGUUUUCACUCCAAGUCACUAUUUGUUUAUUGGAUUUUAUGUGUGUUUGUUAUAUUUGAACCAUAAUUAAAAUCCUAAUAAGCAUUCGUUGCUUUUUCAGGAUUUUAUUUUUUAAUGUGUUUAAAUUUUUAGGAUAGUUAUUUUUGAUUUAAUGAGUAUAGUUAGUUAGUAGUACCUACAUCAAACUCUGCUCUUGAUGUGAUCACGAAUCAAAUGCAGUUUUAUAUUCCAAAGAUAUCACUGACAAACCUAUAGACUUUGGAACUCAAACCAAAAUUGAGAUCUAAAAAAGUUCAAAAUCAAGUUUACAAAGACUUCAAAGAACAUUAUCACACAUAAAUUCGUCCACAGAAUAGUAGGCUUUCAAAACUGUACAAAACAUUUUAGCACUGUCAAUUUGUGUGAUGACAGUUAAUAAGCUGUUAGUUUAUUUAUGUUUCAAAGUAUUAUUUUUGUUCCUCACUAUUUAUUUGUUUAUUAGACUUUUAUUGAAAUUUUUGUUAAAUUUGAGCCAUGAUUAAAAUUAACAAGCGUUGACCUUAGUCAAGCAGUUCUUUUGUAUUUUUGAGUUUACUAGAGGAUCGAUUUAAAAUUUGAGCACAAUUUGACCCCAACUUAAAUAUAUCCCUAACCGUUUCAAUGCAGAAUAAUCAAAUGUAAAAUAAUGCAACUGUUGGCGUUACAUCUUGGUGUGACGUAGGUAGCUAAAUACUCCCAUUGUGGGAAUGAUGGCCAGCUUGGUUUCAAUUGUGGUCAAAAUUUAACGUCGGUGCUUUUUCAGGAUUUUAUUUUUAAUUUGUUUAAAUUUCAAAACUAGCCGUUUUUAUUUAUUCGGUAUUAUGUAAAAACAGUCAAUAUAUUCUUUAAAUCGAGGUUUAAAUUUGAUCCACACGCGUAAAUAUAUUUUUUAUAAUUUAUGUUGUUCAUACUGCGAAUUAGGAAAUUCCUUGCCCCACUGUCCAUCUACUCGAUAAUGCGUUAUUUUUUUCAGCAAAGACCAAGGGCAUAUCCAGCUCAAAGCAAAAGAGGGGGCAGCUUUCUGAAUUCCAUCGUCUAUGACGCCUACGUUUUGAUAGCCUUUUUAAGGACAGGGGAGGAUGCGUAAAAUAAUACAUAAUAACAAAAGGGAUAUACCCAAGGUUGUGCGAGAGAGGUAGGUUGCCUGAUAACUUUUAUGACGUCAUCUGGGGUGCCUCAACAUCCAGCAAAUCUCCAUAAGGCACUCCAGAUGCGUCAUCAAGUUACUCAUUACCAGACAACCUUAUUAAAUUUUAGAACCUUGUGAUAUACCUACCUUUUAUUGGAGAAAACUGAAUUUCUGGGUAACAGUUUACCUGGAUUGCUUGCAAACUUGCUAACUACAUCUUCCACCAAUAGGCCACUUUCACGUGCCGGGAAUAUGGCAAAUUAUGAUAUUUAUUGAUGCAGAUACUUGAAUGCAACCGAGAAUUAAUAAUAUUUUGUAGAUUUCAGUCAGAUUAUUAAAUAAAUUAAUAAAAGAAAAUGAAAAAUUUAAACAAAAAAUUACUGAAAAUGCUGUCUCAUUGGCGAAAGCCGAUAUUCAUCAACUAAAUGAACGCUCGAUAGUGCUGGUGGUGCAUAUGGUUUUGAAAGUUAUGAAAGUAGUAUCAUAAGAGCUUUUCUAAUUGUCGGAAAAACCAAUUCACUUUUUUUUUAAACCUCAGUAAUGUCUGGUGUUUUCUGUAGUUACAGGAUUCCACAUUUUAAACCAUAAUUCACUUUCUCCUCCAAUACCUUCUAAUUUGUAGAAAGUUACACAACG